AUGAAUUGCACGCUUGGGACGCGGCACGCAGUCUGCGAACAGGUGACCGGCUACAGGGGGUUCCAGUUUGAAAUCGCGUGGCCAAAUCGACCGCGAAUGGAGACGAGCUCGGCCGAAAGCAGCCCAAUAAUAGAGCCCGAGGAUGUGACAAUUUCGCCCGUCAUGCGUGUGGCCCUAAAGGCUGUCUUAGCGGACACCAUCGCAGAACUGUCAAUGGUCCUUAAAGCCACUGCCUGCGGUGGGAACCAGCAAUCUGCCCCCAAUCGCAGUGAAGAAACAACAAAUGAGAAAAACAGUGAUGCGCUACUCCAGGAGCUCAACAAAAUCUUCUUCGAGACGCUCAUUCGGUUCGAGAAGUGUCGACGAGAGGACUACAUUGAAUUGCAGGAUGGCACGUUUCGGAGACUCAGCAACGAUGAAAGCAUUCUGCGGACGUUUAUAGGCGAAGUCGAGAAGGAGAUUGAAGUACUUAAACUUCUUGAAAGUGAGGUUGACUCCCUGGGCACUUUUAACACCCUGAAAGCUCAAUGCGACAUCAAACAAGCGGCCGUAGAUUUGCUCCUGGACCUUGCUAAGACCUCUUUGGAAAAAGAGCAAAUGAUAAAAUCGAUACAGGAGAAAAUGCAGAUCAUCGAAUCGGAAUUCAAAGUCCAAAGGGAGCUGUACCGUGAGACUCUCAGACGGCUGAAACAUGAGUGGCAGGAAACACGUCAGCUAUCCUCGAUGUCCAUAAAUUUUCUCAAUGCCUCCUACAAACAGCGAGCCUCGUACUACGAUGUCACGUGUGAGGAGCAAACCAAAGCUCUCUUUGAUGAGAUCCAAAAUUACAAACUGCGCUUAAGCGCCGAAAGACGCCAAGUUGCUGAAACGUCUAGCUGGAUUUUCGGGGAGUUGGACGAGGAAACGAACAGACUGCGUUACCUACAAGGACGCACUGAUGUCCAAGACAUGACCAAGGACCUAGACGAGUUGACGAGGAAGUUGGAGAAGUUGCGCAAAGACCACGAGGACCUGAAGGUCGAGUAUACGCAUUGCAAUGAAGUUGUCCUUGACCACAGGGCGGCAGUGGAGAAGAGCAGGCAGGAGGAGGAGAACAAGCAGAAGUUCAUGCUGGCUGUUUUGCAGGUGCAGGCUUGGUGGCGAACAAUGAUGGUAGUAAAAGGGAUUAAACCAAAGAAGAUUGGAGGGAAAAAAGGCAAAAAAGAAAAGAAAAAAGAGAAAGAGGCGAGUUAG